GACUGGCUGCUGGCUGGGAAAUUCCAUCCCCGUGCAUUUGGUUAGUCUUCCAACUCAUUUUCGUGCGGGUGCGCGAAAACGACUGCCCUUGAGACUUUUCCUUAAAUUGAGUCUUUUUUCUUCUCUCUUUCUGGGAUUUGUUUACACGUAUGUUGGCGGGCAUGGCUCACGCUCAGCUUCACCUUGGUUACUCUGCUCCUUCUAUUCCCAGGAACUCCCAAUACCGUUGCAACGUUUCCGAUUAUCGCUUCGGUACCGCUCCUAGUUCAUUUCCCUUCUCUUCAUCAUCUCCAUGCUGCUCUUUUAAUCUGAUCCGCUUAAAGCUCUCCGAACCCGACAACUUUGUUGUGAAAUCCGAACUUCCAUCUUCCGGAGGCGGCGUUGGCAACAAUGGGAUCGGGCGCGGAGCUGGUGGCGGAGGUAAUGGAGGCUGGAGCGAAAGAGAUGGGAACGAUUUCGGUGAUUCUUUAUCUUCCGGUGGGCCUGGAUUUGGAAUUCUGGGUCUUUUUCUAAACGGAUGGAGAUCGAGGGUUGCGGCCGAUCCCCAAUUCCCGUUUAAGGUUCUCAUGGAGGAAUUGGUGGGAGUCUCGUCUAGUGUUCUCGGGGACAUGGCAUCCCGACCCAACUUCGGACUCAAUGAGCUCGACUUCGUUUUCUCCACACUCGUUGUCGGAUCCAUACUGAACUUCACUCUUAUGUAUCUUUUGGCACCCACCCUGUCUUCUUCGUCCACUAAUCUCCCUUCCAUCUUUGCCAAUUGUCCCACGAGCCACAUGUUUGAACCGGGUGCCUAUACCAUUCUCAAUCGGUUUGGGACUUUUGUGUACAAAGGUGCAGCCUUUGCUGCUGUUGGGUUCGCUGCCGGGCUCGUGGGGACUGCCAUAUCAAAUGGGUUGAUCAGUAUGAGGAAGAAGAUGGACCCCAAUUUCGCGACCCCCAACAAGCCGCCUCCGAUGCUUUUGAAUGCGCUUACUUGGGCCAUUCACAUGGGUAUUAACAGCAACUUCAGGUACCAAACUUUGAACGGUAUGGAGUUCUUGCUGGCUAAGGGGCUGCCUCCUUUGGCAUUCAAGUCCUCGGUGGUGGUUCUCAGAUGCUUGAACAAUGUUCUUGGAGGGAUGACAUUUGUGAUACUGGCCAGGUUCACGGGGUCGCAGAGCGUCGAGGAAGCAAAGCCAAUUGGAGGAGAGGUUGAGUUUGUUCCGGAGAAGCAAAAGUUUAUUGAUGGAUCUUAGAAUUUCCAGAGCAAUCCGUCGACAUGCAAGCGAUGUAUUCCAAUUGUGAUCGUCUUCAUCUUUUUGGCUCUUUUUUUUAGGCGUUUUUUUAUAAUUUUCAUGUGCUCUUUCAUAUGUUCAUAACAAAGCUUCGUUGUGAGGGCUCAUCUUGAUCACCAUAAUAAUUUUGGCUGCAAUAAGAGUCACGAUCCUAUUUUCUGGC